GAGAACGCUAUCUGCUCCAGCUGAGCCAACUUUCAAAAUAGCUGCCUACCUAGGCUAAUUAGUCAGUGAAAAUAUCCCCAAAGUAUUCUCAUGCCAAACAAUUUCAUCCAAAAUGUAUUCUACUUCGACCAUUUCCAAUUUGCAAGAUAUCGGGAAGCAAACAUCGCCCCAGUAUUCCUCUGGGUCACCAACUUGCUACCCUCAUGAGUCAGUGACACAGGAGACCACUGAUGCGCAACCAUUUCCUGCUGCGGUUCAUCAGCCGUGUGCAGACACGUUUUCAACCUCCGAGGAAGAGAAGGAGGAGAAGACAAUGGAGAAACACGAUGGUGUGUUGACUGAAGAGGAAGUUUCCAGCUGUUUAUCCAACCUGGGACACUCUGCCACAGGACUAGAGCAUGUCUACCAGUUCCUCUCUGCGCCCGGUCGAAAUCUGAAUAAUGUCUCCAUCCUUUGCAAUUACGUCCACCUUCAAAAGCUAGAACUUCCUUACAACAAAAUAAAAGAUUUAUCCUGUGUCAGCCACAUGCCGUAUCUCAUCAUCCUGGAUGCCUCCCACAACCAACUCACAGACUUCUUUGGAUUCCAGCCACCCAAGAACCUCAAGGAGGUUAACUUUUCCCAUAACCAGAUGUCAGUGAUGACACAUUUGUCAGCCUACUCGUCUUUGAGUAAACUGAAUCUGGACUACAACUGUUUCAGUGAGAUCGGUGGUCUGCUGCAUUGUGCCAGCCUCACACACCUCAGCCUGGCACACAACAAGAUCUCCUGUAUCAGUGGCCUGGACAACCUGCCAAUCAAAGACCUCUGUCUGAGGGGGAAUCAGAUUGAGAAGAUAGAGAAUGUGGAGACUCUGAGAACCCUGCAGGUCCUGGAUCUGUCUCUGAACCGCAUCAGCAGUCUGUCAGGCCUGCAGAAUCUCCAUCUGCUGGGCUCCAUCAAUCUGGAGAGUAACCUGAUCAGUGAAAUCAAGGAGGCUACACACAUCCAUGACCUGUGCCUGCUCCGGGAGCUGAAUCUGCAGAGAAACCUAGUCCAGGAGCAACUGGACUACAGACUGGCAGUGAUCUUCCUCCUCCAACACCUGACUGGCCUGGACCAGGAGAAAGUCACAGUAGAGGAGAAGGUGUCUGCUGUGAACAAGUACGACCCUCCUCUGGAGGUGGUGGCAGCCAGGGAACACAUGAGUCACAUGGUAUACCAGCUGAUGCAGCCCCAGGUCAUCUACGAUAGCACCCUGCCCAGUCUUGACUCUCCCUACCCCAUGCUGGUGUUGACUGGGCCCCAGGCUUGUGGGAAGAGAGAGCUGGCCCACAAGCUCUGCCGAGAGUUCAACGACUUCUUCGCCUACGGAACCUGCCAUACCACCAGGGGUCCCUACUUUGGGGAAGAGGACGGGAGCGACUACCAUUUUGUCACGGAGGAAGACUUUCAGAACAUGAUUCACAUGGGUAAAUUCCUCCAGACGAUGCAGUAUGCGGGCCACUGGUAUGGUCUGUCUCGUGAGGCCAUAGAAGACGUGGCCAGGGAGGGCCUGGCCUGCUGUGUGCACAUGGAGCUGGAGGGCGUGUUCAGUCUGAAGAACAGCCACUUUGAGCCACGUUACGUCCUGAUGAUCCCCACAGACAAGGAGCAGUACGGCAGGCGGCUGAGGACCAGAGCUCUGUACACCCAGACCCAGAUAGAUACGGCUGUAGCCCGCGUGGAUACAUACGCCCUGAUCAACAGAGAGCGCCCAGGCUUCUUCGACAACGUCAUCCCCUGUGAUGAGUCAGUGGAGGCGUACAGAACCCUGAGGCAGGUGGUGAAGGACUAUCUGGGAGUGGAGGAGCAGGGAGGAGAGGACCAGAGCACCGCCACAGCAUCUGUGACAGAGUUGAAGAGGGACUCCCUAGUGGACGAGGCGUCCCCAGCCCCCUCCACCAGAACAGAGACAGUCUUUAUGUCCUGCUCCGCUCCAGACAUGGACCCCUCAGACCACAACUGUAGGAAGUACUACAACAAGGUCCAGGCCCAGCUCACCCCACAGAAGACCUCAGCAGAGAUGGCCUCCAUCCACAGACGGCAGCAGCUGGUCAGAGAGGCUCUGAUGGGGAAGAGUCCCAGAGCCUACACCCAGCUCUUCAAGAGGUGUGUUCACACAGCUCCAUCAUCAUUGGCCUCUCAGAUGCAGCGGGACCCCACCCUCUCAUCCCCCAUGAUGCCUAGAGCCAGCCAUGACAGACAACACAACCACUCAGAGAAUAGCAGCUCUGAUGACUCCCGUGCUAGUUCUGGCCUGUCCAUUCCCAGCUCAGCAGGGGCCUUCUCAGAGACAGCAGGGCCAGCCGGGUGUUCAGACCUGGGCUUGGACACCACCGUGGAGCCCCUGGAUGUCUCCUCUCUGGGACACAACCUGGACAUGCUGAAAGAUCAAGUAGAAUCUGGCCACACUCCUGACGCCCCUCGCCCCAGCUCCGAGCUCCUUUCUCCGGGCGCCACCGCCACCAUGGCACGCCCAGGCUCCAACGCCAAACCCAUCCUGCCACCUAUCCUGUCGGGACGCAAAACCCCCGGACCCAGCCCUAAGCCCCAAACCCUGAGACAGGAGGGAGAGGGAGAUGAGGAGUGAAGAGGUACAGGAGAGAGGCAGAGGAGGAGUGAAGAGGUACAGGAGAGAGGUAGAGGAGGAGUGAAGAGGUACAUGAGAGAGGUAGAGGAGGAGUGAAGAGGUACAGGAGAGAGGAAGAGGAGGAGUGAAGAGGUACAGGAGAGAGGAAGAGGAGGAGUGAAGGGGUACAAGAGAGAGGAAGAGGUACAGGAGAGAGGUAGAGGAGGAGUGAAGAGGUACAGGAGACAGGUAGAGGAGGAGUGAAGUGGUACAGAAGAGAGGAAGAUGAGGAGGGGUGAAGGGGUACAGGAGAGAGGAAGAGGAGGAGUGAAGAGGUAUAUGAGAGAGGAAGAGGUACAGAAGAGAAGAAGAGGAGGAGUGAAGAGGGAAAGAAGAGAGGAAGAUGAGGAGUGAAGAGGUACAUGAGAGAGGAGGAGGAGUGAAGUGGUACAGGAGAGAGGAAGAGGAGGAGGAGUGAAGAAGUACAGGAGAGAGGAAGAGGAGGAGUGAAGAGGGAAAGAAGAGAGGAAGAUGAGGAGUGAAGAGGUACAUGAGAGAGGAGGAGGAGUGAAGAGGUACAUGAGAGAGGAGGAGGAGUGAAGAGGUACAGAAGAGAGGAAGAGGAGGAGUGUAGAGGUACAGGAGAGAGGAAGAGGAGGAGUGAGGAGGUACAGGAGAGAGGAAGAGGAGGAGUGUAGGGGUACAAGAGAGAGGACAAGGAGGAGUGUAGAGGUACAGGAGAGAGGAAGAGGAGGAGUGAAGAUGUACAGAAGAGAGGAAGAGGAGGAGUGUAGAGGUACAGAAGAGAGGAAGAGGAGGAGUGUAGAGGUACAGGAGAGAGGAAGAGGAGGAGUGAGGAGGUACAGGAGAGAGGAAGAGGAGGAGUGAAGAGGUACAUGAGAGAGGACGAGGAGGAGCGUAGGGGUACAAGAGAGAGGAAGAGGAGGAGUGAGGAGGUACAGAAGAGGGGGAGGGACAAGUAGAUGCUCUUUCAAGAGUUGAAAGGUCACACAGAAUGAACAAUGAUGGACACAUUCACCUGUCUUUUCUGAAUAAAGACGUACCUGUGUGUUA